AUACAUUGGAGGACAAUGGUGACAGAUGCAAAUUCUGGGUUCAAGAAUUUGAAAGAGACAUUCAUAGUCGACGUGCAGAAGGCAGAAAGAAAAGCCUUAAAUGUCCCUUUGAUUUCCCCUAUUACUGUUGCAACUGUAAAGAUCGAAAAAGUUGAUAAUGUGGCUAUCAGGAUUGAGUUGGUUGAUGGAUGUGUUGGGUGGGGUGAGGCUCCUAUUCUCCCUCCUAUAACUGCCGAGGAUCUGCCGUUGGCUAUGUCAAAGGUUGCGGAAGCAUGUGAGUUUUUGAAGAGGAGUCCUCCUAUGACUUUGGGUUUAGUGUUGGGAGAGGUUGGUAGCAUUCUACAAAGCCAUUCAUUUGCUUCGGUUAGAGCAGGAGUUGAGAUGGCUCUGAUUGAUGCAGCUUCUUACAGCGUUGGCAAGCCUUUGUGGAGAUUGUUUGGUGGUGUUUCAAACACAAUAACCACAGAUAUGACAAUUCCAAUUGUUUCUUCGGUGGAAGCUGCUCAAUUGGCUUCACAGUUUCGCGAAAAGGGAUUCAAAACCUUGAAGCUUAAGGUGGGUAAGAAUUUGAAAGGAGACAUUGAAGUGCUUCAAGCAAUACAUGCUGCCCACCCUGAUUGCGCAUUUAUCUUAGAUGCUAAUGAAGGUUACACCUCUACCGAAGCUAUUCAGGUUCUUGAGACAUUACAUGAGAUGAAGUUGACUCCGGUGCUUUUUGAACAGCCAGUUCACAGGGAUGACUGGGAAGGUCUUGGUCGUGUUACCAAGAUUGCAAAAGAAAAAUACGGGGUAUCUGUUGCCGCUGAUGAAAGUUGUCGGGGUUUAGCUGAUGUAAAGAAGAUAGUUGAAGAAAAUCUAGCAGAUGUAAUUAACAUCAAGCUCGCCAAACUAGGGGUACUAGGCGCCCUUGAAAUAAUUGAGUUGGCACGUGCAUCUGGCCUGCAUUUGAUGAUUGGUGGAAUGGUUGAGACUAGAAUUGCCAUGGGAUUUGCUGGUCACCUUGUUGCAGGGCUUGGAUGUUUCAAAUUCAUUGACCUGGAUGCACCACAUCAUCUAUCAGAAGAUUCAGUUGUCAAGGGCUGUGAAGUUUAUGGUCCUGUGUACAAGUUUCCAAAUGCCAGAGGCAGCGGGUGUUUUCUCGAUUGGGACAAUAUUAUGUGAUGUCAGAUUCAGAAGCUAACAAAGAAUUUUCUGGUGGGACUACUAUUCGGUGUUGGGAGGUUAAAAUGUGGAGGAGUUGUUUUCUUAGAAUAAUAAAUAUAUGUAUCAUGUCUCUGGGAAAUAUACAGAGACAGUCCGUGCCUUUCCUGUACCUUUCACAUUUUGAACAAUCUGAAUUCUGAUUUAAAUUCUCUCCACUUUUAAAGUGGAAUGUAUUUCAUCGUUUCGUGGAACAAAU